UAUGUUCAAUUAGGUGAAAAAGUCGCUGAUGCCCUGCGCAGGCCAAUUGGAGAAACUGCGCAAAAGCUUCUCCUCCAAUGAGAGGAGAGAAGGAGGAGUGCAGAAACCUCAGAAAAACUUCACUCCCACCAACAAGUUGUGAAAUGUUGCCAGUUCAUUCGCCAGCGCCGAUCGACCGAGCUUUGAGGUUCAAGGAACUAGUAAAUCACUAGGAAUAAAAGCUCCAAGCCGACGCGCGUUACGCGUAAAAUGCGCAGGUGACCGCUGGCCGAUUGUUGCCACUUUUUUUUGUUUAUCUUCGUUCACGCUUCACCAGCGAGGAUUUUAAAAUGUCAAAAGAGCCGGAUAAAACCCCUUCCGUCACUGAAAGCUCUUACAUCGGCGACGUGGACUCUGAUUCGCCGUCUUCUCCAUCGGCGUCCGACGACCAAGGCUCGCGGUCCCGGACCGGCGCCGGUAACCCGGCGGACAGCGAGGAAGACGCCCGCUUCCCCCCGUGCAUUCGAGACGCGGUGUCGCAGGUCCUCAAAGGCUACGACUGGUCGCUGGUGCCGAUGCCGAUGCAGGGCAGCAGGUCUCUGAAAGACAAGCCUCACGUGAAGAGACCCAUGAACGCGUUUAUGGUGUGGGCGCAGGCGGCGCGGAGGAAGCUCGCCGACCAGUAUCCGCAUCUCCACAACGCCGAGCUCAGCAAGACCCUCGGCAAGUUAUGGAGGCUGCUCUCGGAGAGCGAGAAACGACCGUUUGUGGAGGAGGCAGAGAGACUGCGGCUCCAGCACAAGAAAGACUAUCCGGAUUAUAAAUACCAGCCGCGGAGACGGAAGAGCCUGAAGCCGGGUCAGAGUGAGCUGGACACGGGAGCUGAGAAGAACCCUCACGCCUCGGAUCAAAUGUUCAAAGUGGAAGCGGGUAUGAGAGGGAUGCAUCAACAGGUCCAUGGUGCUCAACCUCACGGUCCCCCUACACCUCCAACCACCCCGAAGUCCGAUCAGCAUCAAAGCGGCAAACCGGAGUCCCGCCGUGCGCCGGAAAACGCGAGACACAACAUCGACUUCAGCAACGUGGACAUCUCGGAGCUCAGCAGCGACGUCAUCGGGAGCAUGGGCCCGUUCGACGUGCGUGAGUUCGACCAGUACCUGCCGUUAAACGGCCACGCGGAGACCAGCGGCGGGCAGCACGCCAGCCCCGGCUGCUUCGGCGCGGCCUACCACCACCAUCCUCACGGCAGCGCUUUGGCGUGGAACAAGGGCUCCGGCUCGCCGUCCGCAAACCAACAAAGGCCGCUCAUUAAAACAGAACAAUUGAGUCCUUCUCAUUACGGAGAGUCUCACGGGUCACCGACCCAAUCUGAAGUGACUGAGUGUGCAGACCUGCAGAACUCGACGUACUUCACCACAUUUUCCGGGUACCCGGCUGGCAUUUAUCAAUAUCCCUACUUCCAUUCGUCCAGAAGGUCGUAUGUGACUCCCGUGGUCAACAGCUUGUCAAGUCCGUCUCACAGUCCCGGGGCGAGCUGGGAGCAGCCCGUUUAUACAACUUUAACCAGACCCUGAUGCCAGUUUCGGGGUCGGAGAUGCCUGACGCCGAGAAUUAUGGCACUGUGUUUUUGCUUUCUGAAGUAAAUCUUGCCAUUUCUGGUAAUUGUGACUUUGAGACUUUCCUAAUAGAUUUUCUCCCGGUUUCAUAGACGAGGCUUGAGCCUAGUCCCAGACUAAAAUGUAAAUCAGAGCGGUUUGAACGGAAAGAAACAGAUUAAUGGUCAUUUUGAGUAUAUCAGUGCCUUUGUUGUCAAGACGGACACCAGCGAUGCACUUUUAUAAAAAUCGAUCUGUGGCCUAAUCCUGGCUCAGUCUAAGCCCUGUCUGUGAAACCAGGCCUUUGCGUUCACUUUUCAGUAAGGAGUGUUUGGUAUGGAAGCCCUUUUCCGCUACUGAAUUACAAAAAAGUGACUUUUUAUCUCACAGUUUUGUCAGAACCGCGUGAUAUAAAGUAACGAAGUCCAAUUUUGAGCAGUAAAAAACUAUAUGUUCUCAGAAUUGUUCACAUCGAGCCAUUUUGACUGCGUUUCGUGAGAUAAACGGCGGCAAUAACCAUUUUUUUUUGUAUUUUUUAUUCAGUGGGGCUUCUAUAGUUUUGUGUUUGUAUCACGGCCUGGAUAAAAGUGUUUUUUUUUUUGGAGUGAGAUGCGAUAGGCUGUCAAUAUUCACUACGCUAUUUAAACGCAACCGUGGAUUUGUCUUGAUAAAAUGCAAUUAAAACGUAGAAGGAAUGAA